ACUGCGGGGGCCAAGCGGGGCCAGCGGAGCAGCGCGAUGGCUCCAGCGCUGGGGCUGGGGGCGCUCCUGGCGCUCCUGGCGCUGCCGGGGGGCUCGGGGGGGCAGCCCAAGGUUCUCCACUCCCUGCGUUACCUGCAUGUGGCAGUGACGGAGCCCAGCCCGGGGGUCCCUCAGUUCAUGGCCCUGGGAUACAUGGACGGGAUCCCCAUCACACGCUACGACAGCGAGCGGGGCCGGGUGGAGCCGCUGACGCCGUGGAUGGCGGCUGGACCUGAGCCGGGAUAUUGGGAUGGAGAGACCCAGAUCAAUGAGGGGAACCGGCUCGUGGCUGCCAACAACCUGGAGACAGUGGGGGCCCGGUACAACUGGAGUGGGGGUCUCCACACAAUGCAAUGGGUUUCUGGCUGUGACCUCCUGUCCGACGGGAGCGUCCGUGGAUCCUAUCGGGACGGCUACGACAGGCGGGAUUUCAUCUCCUUCGAACUGGGAUCCAGGAGCUUCGUGGCGGCCGAUGGAGCUGCCCAGAUCACCAAGAGGAAAUGGGAAUCUGAUGGGAUCGCGGUGGACCAUUUGACCAAUUACCUGGGGAACAGCUGUCCAGAAUGGAUCCGGAAAUAUGUUGGAUAUGGGCAGGAGGCGCUGGAGCACAGAGAGCCCCCUGAUGUCCACGUGUCUGGGAAAGAGGAACACGGGAUCCUGACGUUGUCCUGCCACGCGUACGGAUUCUACCCCAGGAUCAUCGGGAUCAACUGGAUGAAGGGGGAUGAAAUCCGGGAUCAGGAGACGGAGUGGGGCGGGAUCGUUCCCAACAGCGAUGGCACCUUCCACAGCUGGGCCAGGAUCGAGGCGCUGCCGGGGGAGCGGGAGCAGUACCGGUGCCGGGUGGAGCACGCCGGAAUGCCGGAGCCCGGGAUCUUCACCUGGGAGCCGGAAUCCGUCUGGAAUUCCACCCUGGUGUUGGUCACUGUGUCCGUCAUCGCUGCCAUCGUCAUCAUCGGCUUCAUCGCAGUCGUUGUCUGGAAGCUCCAAGCCGGUAACUCACGGGAUGGGGGUCGGGAAGGGGCCCGGAUCCGCCCGGCAGCAUUCCGGGGAUCCUGUGCCACAGGGCUGCACCGAGGGCAGGGCGAGGUGAGAAUAGAAUUAAAUGUAGAAAAUAAAAGGAAGAGAAUAAAGAGCCGCUCCAAGGGGGUCCCGCCGCCCCGUAUUGAGAAGAGCCGCACCGAGGGACCGGCGGGGCGGCACCGGGCAGACCGGACGAUAUUCGGUGUCCCCGAAAAAGUCAUCCUCUAUAGAACCCCGUGGCAGCCCCUGACCGGGCUGUAA